CUUUAACAGCAAAGGUUGAUUCUCUCACAACCAUGGUUCAAAAGCUCACUGAGAAGCAAUCAUCAUCAACUUCUAGCGCAGCAACAAAUCCAUCAUCAUCUGUAGCUCAAGCUUUGUUCUGUGAACUCUGUGGGGGAGGGCAUUCUUUUAAAGAAUGUAAUUUUCUUGAACUUACACAAAAUGUUCCUUUUAUCCCCACAGUAGAACAAGCUGAUGCUAUAUAUGGUAGACCUCAAGUACCAUAUCAAGGAAACUAUAAUCCUCAAGGGAAGACACAUCCAGGAUUUUCAUGGAGUAAUUCAUCAGGUGCAGCAAAUCCAUCUUUUCCAUCCAAACCAACACCUCCUGGAUUUCAAAAUCAGCAAGGAUUCAGAGGAAACCAAAACAACCAACAAUUGAGGGGAAAUCAAGGGUACCAAAAUCCUCAAGGUUAUCCACCGCAACAACAAUUACC